AUGAAUUCCGUUAUUUGCAAGUUGUUCAACUUGCUUGUAGUCAUCCUGGCCUGUUACAGCAGUCUGUACCUGUCUGGCUGUGUGCUCGGGAAAUCUCCUGUCUCUCUACCUUGCCUACCAACCAUCGUGACAUCUUGGCAGACAGGCAGUGUCGUCAUCACUGACGCCACCGAUGACUACUCUAUCAACGAUGAGAAGUUCAAGUUCUACCGAGGACUCUCAUCUGUAUGGGCGGAACUUAUCCGCUCCUUCCACCCAAUGCCGUCACAAAGUAGCAAGCAUGCCGCCACCAAUCUGUCGCAGGACUUCAUUUCCGAUGUUGUCCAUUUCCUGAACUCCUGUUGGAUGAAUUCAGAUGCCCAAGCAGCGAUGAUCAGCCUAGCUACUUGGUACCUGUCCGUUAUGACUCUCGUUGGGAUUGCCUCUCGGGUGUUCUCGUCGCGUCCUCGUCAACCGGCGGGCCGCCCAUGCAGAGACUUACGUUUCAAGAUUCCCGGACCGUCUUUCUACAAUCUACGACGUGGUCCGGUAUCCGCAUCUCCGCACCCACACGUGUCCUGGCACCGUGUGACCUACCUGGGCUUGUACCCCAUCUUUGGGGUACCACUGGGUACCUGGUGGAUCUACAGCAGACCCACCAUCCACCCAUCUCAGUUUGGUGCCUCGUCUGUUCCAUGGUCAUUGGCAACUCAUCUUCUGAACCUGAUCGAGUCUCUCUCUGCACGAGCCAUCGAGAUGUCGGACCAACUGAGCAUACAAUUGCCGUUAGCCAUCACCAAAGGGCUGGGGUACUUUGUUGCUGCUGCCGCCCUGUGCCUCAGUUACCUGCUGGUGUUUGUUGCCUUGUCUCUACUCAUGCAACAACCCAAACGGAAAUACAGGCUCACUCAUGCAAGGCACACGUUCAGCAAUGUGCGGGCAGGAUGGACUGUCCGAGUGAUGACAAACUGGUUUAUCCGUGGGAUAAAGACUGCAUUGAGAUUUGUUUGCCGCGGUAUCUUGUUACUCCUCACCUCCUGGACACAGUUCCUACCUCCUUAUAAUACCCCCAGGAUCUCAGAUGCAACACUCCUAAAAGGUUCCACUAUUCGCAAAUGCCUAGACACGCACAAAACAAACAGCGACGGCAAGAAUUUUCAAGUGAAGAAAAUACAAGACCAGAAAUGUCAGCUUCCACAAGUGGAGUCGUCAGAAAACAACACACUGUUCGAGCUUAGUGUGCAACAGGUGCACUACGAUGAAACUGAAGAUACUUGCAAAGGUUCUUCGGAGAAGCCGUCGUCCAAAGCCAGAGAUGAUGCACAUUGUCAGCCAACAAAGAACGAAACAGCAAAACAAACCGAAGGACUGUCAGAAUCGCCGAACCGUCAGCUUGUAGAUCAGAAUCAGACUAAACUUAGAGGACAGUCGAUUCUUAUACUUUCAGAUCUCUUUGAAAACUGUGGUGAUGACAGCCAUCCAAACAUUGAAUUCCAACAGCCAGCACCCAGAAAGUCGUUGUUCCGAAGAAUGGAUGAAGUUCAACAGCGUUUACAAGCAAGGCAGGAGGAGCAAACAACUGUCCAACUGGAAAUCGAAGAUGGAGAGAAGCCUGAAGCUCAGAGGCGGGUUCAGGAGCAAGAAGAGACAAGACAAGCGCUAGGGACAAAUCAACGGGCAGGUCAGAACAGAACAGAUGACAAAAAUCAACAGACCGAAUUUCAGCAACCUUCACAGAGAAAGUCGUUGUUCCAAAGAAUGGCUGAAGCUCAACAGCGUUUACAAGCUCGACAUGAGGGGCGAGUAGACCAACAACAGAAGGGUAGAAGUGAGGGUCAGAGACAUUUUCAACAACAGUGUCUACAAACUGCAACUGAAUCGAAAGUCCUCGCUCAACUGGAAACCAAAGAUAGAGAGAAACCUAAAGAUAGCGAACAAGUUGAGGAGCAGGUUCAGGAGCAGAAAGAGGCAAACGAAGCCUCGGAGAUUCAACAACGGGCAAGUGAAAACAGCCCAGGUGACUGUGAACUCCAGCGUCCUUCACAAAGAAAGUCGUUAUUCCAAAGAAUGGCUGAAGCUCAACAUCGUUUUUUACAAGCUCGACGGGAGAGGUUGGUACACAAACAACCUAGAAAUCAUCUUCAACAGCUGAAGGUUAGGAGAGAGGGUUUGAAACAUGCUCAACAGCCUCAGGGACUACAACGAAAAGAUGAAGAUCGUGAACAGACAAACCUGAAAUGGCAAAAUUUGAACACAUCUGGGAAUUUUCGCUUCAACACCUGGAACCAUCCAGAGCUUCCUUCACUGGACAACCACAUCACAUUCUAUGCAGAACAGAAACAAAAGGAGAAGGUAGCCCAAUCCCUCUCAACUUCUACAGCAACUUCUCGGAAAGACAAUCAGAGACAACGAGAAGCUCAACAACGAGUAAAACUUGAAAAACAACACAAUGAUAACCAACAUACAGAGUUGAAUAUGCAAGAUAUAGACAAAGAAGGAUGCCUGCACUUCAAUUCAUGGCACUGUCGACGGUUUCCUGCCGUAAUCAACCUCCUCACUGUAUUUCAUCAAAGAUAUGCAGAGCAUAGCAUAGACAAUAUAUCAAAGGUCGAUGCUCACGGGAAGUUCGUACAACAGAAGCUACGUGAACAACAGCAAAAGCAGUGUCAUAAUAAAGAAUCAACAGAGCCCGAGGAUGAAAGUCAGAAUCACUCACCACAAGGAAGACUUCAACAGCAAGAGGACCGUCAUCGACAACUCGGCGGACUCACACGGCAGGCUGAGUCAAAGGGCAAGACAUGGCUUCAAAAACUGGCUGAAGCUCAACAAAGACAGGUUGCAAAAUCUCGACACGAGACAGGAACUGAGUGUCAGUGGCAGGCAGCACAAAAAUACCAAAAGAAACUUCAGGAGCCGAUGGCUGCGAGUCUCGUACAAGAAGAGGUUCAGCAGCAAGAAGACCUUCAGCAACAAAAACUGCCUGAAGUAAUACAGAAAACUGAGUCAAGAAAUUCGGCAAAACGACAACAUGAACUGACACAGAAGUCAGCAAAGGAACAACCCGAAGCAAAUCCAGAUCAGGGAGACCAACAGGAGCUUUGGAGAGCUUCUCAGUCUCCCAACAAUCAAGAUAUCAAGCAAGAAAUUCGAACCCGGAGACUAUCAGUACGGUUUGCAGACGAUGCAUCUCUGAAGGAAACUGCCUUCAUCGUCAAGAACCCGUCAAGUGAAAUCGUCAGUUACUCCGUCAUUAAGCCGGAUAGUUCUAACUCCAAGGCAGAGUCAUCGUGCCACACUUUGAAGGGAAUUUUGGCUGAUGCCAGGCGUCAGCGUCGGUCUUGCCCUCGACCUUGGAUCGACCUCCCCGCCCUGCCCGGCGGUCAACGCAGAGCGCAACGGAGAGCUAUCGUGGCCGUUUUGGACGCUGAAAGAUGCCGAGCUUGGGCGCUAGAGUUGGAGAAAGAAACGAGAGCUGAGGCUCAUCAUCAAGAACAUUAUCAACAACCUGAGACACUCAAGACCGUGGGCUGGCGGCAACAUGUGCAGGUUCACGAUGGUGCGUUCAAAAUAACAGGACAACAGCUCUUCCGUGAGGAGGUCGAGACUUAGAAAUGAAGACAACACAUCUUCGAAGAAGCAUACACAAAUGUCAAAAUUGAUU